AUGGCGCAGGCCGCUAAGAACUGGUAUCAGGUGGUCAAAGCUGCCCCCAAAGGACGGUUUCAAGGGAUAAAACGAGACUAUCAGGUUGAAGAUGUGUUGAAACUACGAGGAUCAGUUGAAAUCGAGUACACGUUGGCCAUACGUGGAGCUAACAAGGUCACUAUGGCAGCUUCUCCACACCGAACCUUUGUGCCUGCCCUAGGAGCCCAGACGGGUAACCAGGCUGUACAGAUGGUCCGUGCGGGACUGAAGGCCAUCUAUUUGUCAGGCUGGCAAGUGGCGGCCGAUGCUAAUACGGCAGGCGAUAUGUAUCCCGAUCAAUCACUCUACCCGGCGAAUUCGGGACCCGAGCUGUGCCGAAGGAUCAAUAGAUCCCUCCGGAGGGCAGAUCAGAUCGAAGCCGUCGAGGCCGAGGAUUACCUGGCCCAGCGAGACUGGUACGCACCGAUCGUCGCCGAUGCUGAAGCCGGUUUUGGAGGAGCGCUGAACUGCUUCGAACUGAUGAAGGUGCUCGAAUCAUUUUUCACUUUCAAGGGAACUUUCCGAUGA